AAAAACCCAGCAGAACUCCGCUGGGGUCGCAGACUAAUCACUAAACUUGACAGAUUGCACCCUGAUAGGGUGGCGCUUCUGGUUUCACAGCCAAGGGCACCAAGGUGUUUGCAAGUGGGUGCUCCGGUUUGGACCCAGAACUACGGGCCUGGUCAUCUUUGGAUUCCAGCUGUGGUCUGCAAGGUCACUGGUCCGUUAUCCUACGAGGUGUCCUUGGACGACGGCUGCGUUCUCCGGUGGCACAUCAACCAGCUGCGUCCAAGACUGGACUCUUCCUCUUCCGCUCCUGGGUUUUCUCUGGGGGGGAGGAGGGUUAUAGUGUGCAGAGGGAAGGGCGCUGUCAGCAGUCAAGGGCAAAUGAAGAGGCAGGGGAAGGCCCCUCCCAAGAUUCCGCAAGUGCGCCCAACAGGAAUUCAUGGGAACAAGGAACAAUGCACACACCAUUAUGUACUCCAGCCAGGGAGUCACCCAGGGGGUACCCGCACUAUUCACAAACACACUACAGCACUCCAGACAGGGAGAAUAACCGGGAGUAUAGUAACAACUCAAAGUCUACAAGAGAAUUGGCAUCCACCCAAAGAAACUGGUCCAAUUCUGCAAUUGCUCCCAGAAGGAAAUCACUGAAAAAGGGGGUAGUCAGAGAAGCAAAUCCUGAUUCUGGUACCUCCGGCACUGAAUGGGGGGCAAUAGGGUAUUGGGGCACCGUAGAUACCCCGGACAACCCUUCUACUGGGCUUGGGAGUGAGGGACUGUGUUCCCAAGAUGGGUCCACAAAAUACUGGGUGGGACUCAGAGGGUCCAGACAGCCUACACUCAGGCAGAUCAACCAGGUUCAGGGAGGAGCAAAGUCCUGGUCUGCCAAGCCCGGUGGGCAAGCAAGCAGACCAGGCAACAGAACCCAGGUCACGGGGACCACUAGGGCAGCAAAGAGGGGGCAACUUAACUCCUGUAAUGGCACAGGAAAACCAAGGAGGUUCCCAAGGUCCGAGGAGGUCGCAAAGGGCUAAACACCCACCCAAAUAUCUUAAGGAGUUUGUGACGUUGCUCUCAAGGAAAAGACAAAGCAGCUAUACUAUAACUGAAUGGGUAGUUGGAAUUGUGAGUGUAAGGCAACAUAAUUCCAAAACAAUAGCACGGUACCAUACAAAAGUGUGAUCCUGGAAUAACAUCCACAGUCCAUGCAUUUCAAUGCUGAAUGAGAAUACCACGUCCCUUCAGAGAGGUCGCAUAUAUGGAUAGAGUAAGCUUUAUCUGGGGGGAAGGGGUGUUGUGUCCUGAGCCUGCAAAAGCAGGCUCGGGACGUUGCUAUGGUCCCGGGCUGUUGCAAACUGCCGGGGACCAGACUAAGCGGCGCCAGCCUGCGCGCAUGUGCAAGAUGCGAAAGCACGCCAUUUUCUCAUUGUAACCUUUUUGCCCGGGAAUCUACAUAAUUAGAGAGAGGCUUGCAAGCCUCUGAGUUGUGUUGGAGUGAGCAGAAGAAGAAUAAACAGUUGUUGGCUACAGAAUGCGUGCUCUUCUUCCGCCAUUAACUCGAGGACUUAACAGUCUGCACCAGAAUUGAUCUGCAGUUCACAAUUUAAACAGAAAGGGAAUGGAAUGACUGUAGAAAAAGAAAAUACCUGGGCCUCCAUUCCGUUGUGCUUCCCGAAUGUCAAGCAGCACUUGGACUUCCCUUCUGCAGGCUACAACCUCCCUAGGGCUGAGCUGCAGAGGGAGAGAAACAGAAGCCAGCAGAGGCAAGUUUUUACUUGCUGAGCCAGAACUGAUUCUAACCUUUGCAGCUCCCAGCCCACCUCGGAAACGUGACUGGAGGCGGAGGCGGAAGGAGCAGCAGCAGUGGGCCCUUCCCAAGGACACCAGCUGAGCACAAGAGAGCUCUCCUCAGCUUAAGGAAGCCCCUGGACUGGAUCAGAAGAGCCCCAUUUUCAGGGGGAAAAACUUCAUGCUGACCAGAGGUACAUUUUGGAAGAAGGAUGAUUUUGUUUUCCUGUCCUGAUGACCAAUACUCUUGGGUCCUCUUGACACAGGGGUGUGUGGCAGGAACCAAAGCAGGGCUGCAAUAUCAAGAAAGUGGGCCAAGCACAAAGUGAGUCCAAGGCAAAGCCACUAUGAGGAAGUCCGUUCAGAUGGUAACCCUAUGGGGAAAACAAGCCCCUCCCCACAGCAUCACAGCUAUCCUCAUCACAGAUGACCAGAGAACAAUCGUCACAGGGAGUCACGAAGGCCAAGUCUGUCUUUGGGACUUGCUACCAGACCUCCAGAUGUCAUCAAGGCAGAUGCUUUUGGGGCACACGGCAUCAGUGACGUGUUUGGCAAAGGCAAGAGAUUUUGAGAAGCAACCAUACGUGGUCAGUGCUACUGAGAAUGGUUCUUUUGGCAGAGAGAUGAGCAUUUGGGACAUCACCAGUGGACGGUGUAUAGAGAAUACAAGGCUUCCAUUUCGGCACACAGCCAUCUGUUAUUACCACAGCUCAUUUCGCAUGGCAGGAGAGGGCUGGCUGGUCUGUUGUGGGCAGUAUAACGACAUCCUCAUUAUUGAUGCGAUAACCCUGGUUGUGCUUCACACAUUAACCUCUUCUUCCUCUUCAGACUGGAUCAGCUGCAUGUGUUUAGUGCAUUCUCUGAGGAUUCAAGAGGAUUCUUUACUAGCAGUAUCUGCAGCAGGAGACCUUAAAGUCUGGGAUUUGUCAUCUUCAGUCAGCAGAAUACAGGAGAAGCAAAACAUUUUUGAAAGAGAAUGCCAGCCUCUGGACUGCACACUCUGCAGCGCAAUCCGAUUUUGCACUUAUACGGAGAGGCUUCUCUUAGCUGUAUUCUCUACCUGCUGGAAGGUGUAUGAUUAUUGUGACUUCUCCUUGCUGUGGACUGAGCUUAGCCCAUGCAGCCAGACCCUGGCAGGAGGGGAAAUCCUCGCUGCCCACAGGUUGAUCAUUUGGACAGAAGACGGGCACGGCUACAUCUAUCAGUUGGUAAACAGUGGCCUUUCACAGAGCAUACAGCCAUCCAAAGGAGGGGUGCUGAAAGAAACAGUUCGUCCUGUUUUGCUCUCUUCUACUGAGGUGGAAGACAACAAAAGUUUUUCUUACAUCAUGGGCUUCAUGAACGAAAGGAAGGAACCCUUUUAUAAGAUUCUUUAUUCUGGACAAGCUUCUGGGAGGAUUACUUUAUGGCAUGUUCCUGAUGUGCCUGUUUCAACUCUAGAUGGCUCUCCAAAAGUGAUCCCAAUAGCAGCAUCCAGAACUAUGCAGGAUGACUUUAAUAUCCACUGUCAGAUAGCUGAAGGUAUCCCGGAUCACCCCUGGGAAGCGCCCAUCACAGUUUCUACAUACAUUCCCAGCCUUGAGAAGUUGGUCUGCGGAUGUAAAGAUGGCAGAAUUAUCACAGUACCAGCUUUGCAUGCUGCGAAGGCCAGACUGUUGGGAGAGGAUUCUGUGCAGAAAGACGCCACUGCCGUGCCCCACGUGCUGAGUGGCACUGGCUGCAGCGGCGUGACAGCCCUGCUAGUGCUGCCCAGCCGGCCGGCGCCCUGCUGGCUGCUCUCCGGGAGCCAGGACUCCUGUGUCGUCUGGUGGGACCUCUUCACCGGGGAGGCACUGCACCGCUUCGUGCUGGACGCGGGGCCCAUCGUCCGCCUGCUCCUCUCGCCGGACAGCUGCAGGCGGAAAGGUCAUCGCCUCGUAUGCUGCGUGUGCAGUGACCACUCCAUCGUACUUUUGCACGUGCAAGAACGCACCUGCCUUUUGCGUGCCAGGAAACACCUUUUUCCCGUGACAGCAUUACGAUGGCACCCCAUGGAGAAUCUGCUGGUCGUGGGGUGUGAAAAUGAUUCGGUCUACAUUUGGGACAUUGAAACAGGAAGUCUAGAGCGCUACGAAAGUGGGGAAACAGCCAAAGCUAUCCUUUCUUCCUGUGAAGAUUCUGGUCUUAUGGCUGACCCUCUUUAUGCAGCCUUGGAAGAAGAUGGCCACAAAGAGAAAGAUCUGGGUGGCCCAUUGUCCAGCUCCUUAGCCUUUGGCAGUUUUUCCUGCAGCAGGCUCGCUCAUCAAAGGAGGUCUUUUUCUCAUCAGUUAACUACUCUCUGCUGGGCUCAGGGGCCUUUUGCUGUUUGGCCAUUGCGGGCAACAUGGGAGAGCAUCAAUGUCAACAUACUCCUUUUUGAUUUGGAAAAGCUGGUGGAAUUGCUCUGCUCCUCUCAGGCCAAUGGACUAAAGUCCUCCAAUUCCUUCAGCACCCUCGACAUUUUAAAGAGAGCCAGAAGCACAACAGAGAAAAGGACAUUAAAGAGAAACAGAACUUCUGGAUCCCUCUCUCCAGUGGAUGGGCAGGUCAGAGUGGUUAGUGAAGAACAAGACUCUGGGGAGGUACAUAUAGGUGGAACCUUUGAACAAAGUGAUGGCUUCAAAAGAUGCAAAAAAGCAAAGAGCUCCAAGAAGAUUAAAAGGCAGUCCUCAGGAAAAACUAGCCCAACUGUUGCCACAGAGGCAGCCAAACUCCUUUUGUCCUGCUUUUUCCCCUGGGGUGUGAACAGAGAAUUGGAUGGUCUUUGUGUUCAGUAUUUAGGUAUCUUGAGACUUUUUUCUCCUGUCUCCUUCGGACUGCUUUCAAAAGACAAUUAUCUUACUCUGAUGUUACCAGGAUGGAGCAGUGCUAAUUCUGAGAGGGUGGAAGAGCAGCAGGAGGUAGUCAAUCUAUUUUCUAGCAAAGUGCUGCAUUUACAUAGUAAAUACUAUAGUGUAACCCAAGAGCAAACAGACAAGAAGGAUGGAUGGAGAAACACUGUUACUUCUACAGAGCAAAGGCUAGCUCUCGGCUAUUUGUUGAGCAGGAUGUCUUUAGUUCAAAGGAUAAUUAAUAGUCCUUCAGAAAAGUCCAGCCUCAUGAAGCGCAACAAAUGGAGACCUGCAGCAUCUCUGGUCUUGGAUGAUUUUAAUCUAGAGACUUCUCCACACAUGUUGAGGUUUCCUGUUUGUGAGUCAGAUAAUCGUUCAUUUGUCAAGCUAAUUUCUUGCUGGAGAGACCAAUCCAUAGAGGUGAUGGAGGCCACUCAGGCAACUUUGCUGGCUGAAGUGGAACAGAGCAUACAGCAGAAGACCUUGGCUGGAGGCCAUGGGCAAACAAAUUCUACCAGACAGGGGACAGAGGGGGCCGAGAACCUCCCUUUGCAGGGUACAGCUUUUGGUACCAUGGGCAUGAUCAAGUGUGAGAGCUGCAUAACCACACCAAAUGUUGAAGAUAGGGAAGGUUCUGCAGAGGAACCGGGGAAUCCAGGUGAGGUCCUGAUCAGUGGAGCCAUCAUGCCAGCAGAUGCAAAGAAGCCACUUCCUUGGGUGUCCAAACUGUGUUCCUGCAAAGUGUGUUAGAAGAGUGGUUGAAUUUCCCCAUGAGAACAGAGAAUUGUUGCAGACAUAGAAGUGUCUUCCCUUCUUGGCUGAUGCUGGCUUGGGAAGCCCUCCUGUUUUCUUCUCAGCUUACUCCUACAUCUCUUCCUUCAGUUAGUUAAAUAUACUCUGACUGCCAUUGCAAGAACUCUGGAACAUCAAGAUUAGAUUGACCCCAAUCCUGGUGACCUAUUGCAAAUCGCUGAAGAACUGGGUAUGCUUCAGGCCUUGGGGCAGGAGGUAUUUGUCAGUUGUUGGUUUAUCCUCAUCAAUCACUGUAGGUUUUUAUUGUUGAUUUUUUUUAAGAGUUAAGACAAUUUACAAAAUGAACAUGCCAAAAGCCCAUUUUAUUUAAGAAUGGGAUUGCAAGCCUGGUAUGUAAGAAGUCAGGGUAGGUCCUUGGGGUGCUUCAUUCUCAGUUGUCUGUUUUCACAGCCUAAUUUCUCAAGUACUUAGAAUUUGCUUCCAUGCUGUAGAUGGGGAAAAUAUCCUUUUAACAACCAUGUAAACUUAAAAUUUUAAUUUAUAGUUAACAUUUGAUGGUCUUUAAUCACUUUGCAAGUGAUUAAAAGGAGCAUAAAGAAUAAAUACUGCAGGCCACUUUAGCUGACUGUGUUCAGCAGGUCAGCGGUUCAAAUCUCACCGGCUCAAGGUUGACUCAGCC